GUACCAUGCACGACUACACCACUGUGGGCUAUUUGUUUUGAUCGGCACCACGCGGAAAUUGGGACGAAUUGUGCCGGGAAUCUAUAUCAUUAAAUAAAUUCACGUGUGUGUCUAGUUUCGUCCCUCAUAAAAAGAUCCAAAAUGGGUAAGAAAGCGACUACCGAACUGCAAACCCGCCUGCAAGCGAUAAACGAUGAAAUGGAGUUUUAUAUGGAGCUGUUCAACAUACCGGAAGCCAAGAAAGAUGAAGAUGAGGAUGACUCUGAAUAUUUGCUCGACUCAGUGGAGAAACCGAAAAAACCACUCAUGAAAAAGACGGAUGAUACCGAAGAGGACAGGACGCACCAGAACAUAGUGAAGCAAAACAAAAUCGUAUCAAAGCAUUUGGGACGCAAAUCAAGCACAGACCCGCACAAAGUCGAGCGCAAGAAGCUGAAGAAGGAGAAACAGAUGAAGAAAAAGCUGAAAAACAUCAGCAUGAUGGCGAUCAAGCAGGAAAAGGAAAGGAGCAAGCUGAUCGAACAUAAGCCGCUGGUCGUGAAGCAGGAAAAGAAAGCGGGACCAAUUUUCAACGCGGAGGGCAAAAUUGUGUUCUCCAAGGUGCAGCUUGAUGAGAGCGAUGUAAAGAAGAAGGGAAUUGAAACCGACACCAGAAAACUGCUGAAGAAGGUCCUGGAUAACAAGAAGCAGCUUGCGGAGCUGAAGGAAUCGGGCGAUAUUGAAAAGUAUGCAGAAAUUAAGAAGAAACAGGCGUGGGAGAAGGCAAUGGCCAAAACGUCGGGUCAGAAGGUCCGCGACGAUCCGGAACUGCUCACGAAGAAACUGGUCCAACGCAAGAAGCAGAUUAAGAAAUCAAAGGAACAGUGGAAGGAACGGGCACAAAAGAUCGAACACCAGCAGAAACAGCGACAGAAGGAGCGUACGGCCAACAUUAAGGAGCGCGCUCAGAAGAAAAAGAACACCAAGCUGAAGAAGAUGGCCAAGAAGGGACGAGUAAUUCCUGGAUUCUAGAAAUAUAUACGCAAUUGAA